AGCCAAUCGUGGUGCACUGAACACAGAAGGUGGGAGCCGCAGACUGUUGUGGGAGUUUAUUCCAUUCUCGAUUAAACAACGUUGGUGGAAAAAGUUUGGUGCAAUCUGAACUUAUUAGCUCAUACUUAACCUUAAGCUUUGUCUCACGUCUUAAACAGAUUUUCUUUGGGUAAGCGCUUAGUGAAAGUAAAUGUUUACUUUGAUCGAGCAGCGAUAUGCCUUGGAGAGAAUAGGGACAGGGGGAGGGAUGGAAGUAGGAGGUGAAGUCACUGAGAUAACUUGGAAGGCAGAGGAGCAGGAGGGUGGCAGGAGGGAGGGGGAGGCUGUGAUUUUACUAAAACCAGGCGAAGGAAGGAGCGAUGUCCCAUUCCUGUGUAGGCGCAGUCAUGACACCGGCCCUUGUGUGCGUGGCUCUGUGCCUGUCUUUGCUCACGGUCCCUGGCCCCCUCCACGCUGCUCCUGCCAUACCCGACCCUGCCGCCGCUAAUCUGCUGUGGGCAUGGCAGCAGGGGCCUUCAGCCACUGACGACGGUGCUCUUCAGGCAGGCGGGGUCAGCGGGGCGGCGGCGGCCAGGGAGGCGCCGGGCGAGGACUACACCGUCAGCAUGAGUUACGGCUUCCCGCUCUACACCUUCUACAUUCCCUUCAAGGGGACGCAGUGACCCCCUGCUCUGGUCAACACGCCGAGAAGCCACACACGAGGGCGCUGGCAUGCUAUGUAGUGACAGCACAGAAUAAAAGUGUUCUUCAUCCAUU